ACGUCACAGUAUCGCGGACGUGAUGGAAGUAAACGGAGACAGGGGGAAUCUGGAGAAGGUUCAGCACGUGCUGCUGGUUCUGUCGGGUAAAGGUGGAGUCGGCAAGAGCACCAUCACCACCCAACUGGCACUCGCACUGCUGCAUGCUGGGAAGAAGGUGGGGGUGCUGGACGUGGACCUGUGUGGACCCAGUAUACCCCGCAUGCUGGGUGUGCACGAGUGUGAGGUACAUCAGUGUGAUUCGGGCUGGGUGCCGGUCCGCGUGGGGUCGCUGUCCGUCAUGUCCAUCGGCUUCCUGCUGGACCAUCCCGACGACGCCAUCAUCUGGAGAGGACCCAAGAAGAGCGCUCUGAUCGGCCAGUUUGUGAGCGAUGUGGCGUGGGGGGAGCUGGACGUGCUGUUGGUGGACACGCCCCCCGGAACAUCUGACGAGCACCUGGCUGUUCUGGAGAACCUGAAGAAGCACAGAGUGGACGGAGCCAUACUGGUCACCACACCACAGGCCGUAUCGGUGGGAGACGUACGCCGUGAGAUCACCUUCUGUAAGAGGACCGGGGUGAAGAUUUUGGGCAUCGUGGAGAACAUGAGCGGCUUCGUCUGUCCACACUGCUCAGAGUGUAGCAGCAUCUUCUCCACGGGAGGAGGAGAGGAGCUAGCCAAGCUCACGGGGUCACACUUUUUGGGCUCGGUGCCGCUGGACCCCCUGCUGAGUGCCAGUGUGGAAGAGGGCCGGGACUUCCUGCAGACGUUCCCCGAGAGCGCCACCUACGGCGCCAUCAGAGGCAUCGCAGAUACAGUCCUGAACAGCCUGCAGGACUGACGCGCCCUUCAUCAUCAUCAUCAUCAUCAUCAUCACGAGGUUUGUGCUACCUCACCUGGUUCAGCUCAUCACCUCCGACCUCCAGCAGGACACCAGUGGUGUGGAAGCGUGUGAAGAACCGCAGCAGGAACCUCACACACUGUGAAGGACCUGGAAACAGAGAGCUGGAGGUUCUGCUGGUGUUGAGAUCAUUUCUGCAGUUCCUCAUGAUCAGGGAUCAAAAGUGUUCUGAUGUAUCUGAUGAAAUAUUUCUAAUAAAGCUUAUAAACAGA